AUAGUAUGUACAUGUGUGGGGAGAGAACACCUCGUGCAUGCAAUGCUCGUUGGCAAGUUUUAGUCGUGUCGCCGUAUGUUUCCACGCGCCUACGUCCGUUAGAACUAUUCUGCUACUUUUUUAAAAACCCUGCAGAGUCGGCGCCGAAAUGCUGUCGUUAUUGCUCUUCGGUCUGCGAAGUCUCUUGGUGUCAGCAACUGCCGACGAAGAUGACGGCGAUGACGGCGUUGUCGAGGACGAGCUCCCGAGAAAUCCGUUCCCGGACGGCAAAAUGCCGUCGGCCGAAGAGCUGCUGAAGAUGCUCGACUCAAUGGGCGGCUUGUCCGACGAGGAUAAGGAGGCGCUGCGGCGCGACCUGCUGAAAAAGGCACAGGGCGGUUUCGUCGACGACGACUUGGUUGCCGACGAGCAGCACAUCGCCACCUCGUUCUUCGCCUCGCAAUUCUUCAUUCUCGUGGUUAUGCUCGCCGUCAUCACUCUCAUAUUCGUGUUUUUCGGUUACAAGCUCUACAGCAGUUUGUCCGAACGGGAGAGGAAGCGCGAGGAGAAGAGGAAAAACAGACAGCUGAAGAAGAAGAAGUGAAGAGGACAACUGCUGAACUGUGUGUUGUGAGAACUCGGACAGUGGCGCUUUAUCACUCACGUGCGACAGUGACUGGUGUACAAUAACAACAUUCCUUGUAAUUAAUUUAAAAAAUUGUUUUGUUAUGAAAAAAUAUAUAUAUUUAUACAAAGUAUUGGAGAUUCGUAU